AUAAACAGCAGUUAACCGAGUUUGUUACAUACACUUGAUAUGUAUAUGUCUUAGUAGACGGUUGUUUUCAUUCUCUCUUAUGGUUGUUACACAGUUUGAGCUUCACUCCAAGCAUUUGGUUGCUGUGCAUAACCAAACCCUGACACAUAGCUGCCGAUGCAUAUUACAUCAAGAGCACGAGAAUCAAUAAGUCAUUCAAUUUAGCCGUAUUAAUAGAUUGUUACAUAUUUGUCGUUACACCAGAACAAUACGCAAUGUCAAAGUCAAGUUGUGACAUUUCAAAAACGGUCAAUAGUUUAUUGAACGCACCGUACCCAUUCGAUCAUGAGCAUUUCAAAACAAUUUAUGAAAAGGAUAAAGAUGAACAAUCGCUGUUUGCUCAAGCAAAUCUGUACAAAUGUAAUUUUUGUAAAAUAAAACUUUUGGGCGAAAAAUCACUGCUGGAGCACAAUAAAAGUUUUAACCACCAGGCUGAAAUGGAAAAACAAAUCGAAGAUAUGCUAUCCAAAUUGACACUCGACAAAAAAAUGCCGACCAUCAAAUUAUCUGAAUCAACAACAGAAAUGGUGUGUAAGGCGGCAGUGCAGUCGUCAAAAAUGAAAUUGGACGAAGAAAUGGCCGAAUUGAAAUGUGAAUAUGAACUAUAUCGCAACAAUCCAGCCCUACAUCCAAUGUACGCCAAAGAAUGGCAUAUUUUCUACUUGCGACGUUUGAGUGAAAUUUUGGCCAAUAACAUUGAUCCACGAUCACAUGACUUUACAAAAGAUUGGUCUGUGUAUUGGGUUAAACGAAUCCAGGUGUAUUAUAAUGAGGCCUUACAAAAUAUUAUCGAGAAAAUUGGCAAAAACUACAUAUCCACAUUAAGCGAUACCGGUGUUUUAAAAGAUCUUUUGAAUAAACCACAGGAAAUUGCUCCCAGUAAAUCAAGCCCAGUCUUGCAUUCAAUAUUGAUUGAUUCGGAUGAAAGCACCGACGACCAAAAUUCAUGUGAUUCGGAAUCCGAAGCUGAUUGUGCCAUUGAUUCGGAGUUGAAUGCGCAAUCGGACAGUGAUGGCGAUGAUGAGUUAGUGACCAAACUACGACCGAUGGUCAUACCGCAAACACUCUUAGAUGAGGCUAUUCAACUGGCAAACGAAUCAAAAUUGGACACAUCCGAUAAUAAUUCGGACCAAUCGACUUCUGGUAUUGGAUCCGAUGAUCUGGAUGCCUCUGAUGUUGCAGAUGCGGUUUUAAAAUUUUUCAACGCUUGCGGUCUCAAUCCAGCAAAUUUAUCGGAUAGCCAAGUUGAACAAUACAUUGAAUAUUUCGUGUUAAAACAAACCGAAAAUCCAAAACCAAGAGCCGAUUCGGUUGAAACACAGACAUCUUCAGACAGUGGCUAUAAAUAAUGUUGAAAGCCGCAAGUUUUCGUUUAAAAAUCCGCUCAAAAUACUUAAUGUCUAAAAUGAAAUAUUAUUACCAAUCUCAUGGACAUAACCUCAUUCCAGCCAAUUUUAAUAUGAUCAAACAAAACUCAUUCACUUGUACAUUCGCAAUUUUUUUUUCUAAUUAUUCUUAUAAAAUUCGACUCAAUAUAUUUAAGUAACUUAGAUUAAAAUAUAUAAAUAAAUAAACAUUAUUUUCUCAA